AUGAAUGAAGCAUGUUCCUCCAUCAAUGAAAGGUUAAAUAUUGUGGGAGAUGUUGGAUUGAUACCUAAAGAUGAGAUAUCUUUAGAUGAAACUAAAAUUAUCAAAAUUCAAACAAGUGUUAUAAGUAAUUAUCAUAUAUAUUCAGGAUUUUUGGAAAAAUAAAAAUAAUUAGAAAAGUAGGUUGUUGUUGUUAUCGACCAAAAUUAAUUGGAAUAAAAUUUUAACUAAUAAAAUGUCUCAGUAAUAGAAAUGAUACCAAAAGAUGCACAAAAAGUAGAAUGGCCUUAAAAUUUACAUUUAUCUAUAUAAAACAAAUUGAAAGAAUUGAUGCCCCUUUAAUAGAACAGUUAUCCAUGUUAUUUAAUGAAUAAUGGAUGCCUUUACUAAGGAUAAUUUUUAUAGUUUUAAAAAGAAGGAUUUGGUAGAUAAAUAGAUAUAGAUGGUACUUUGUAUGAAGGAACAUUUAAGAAAGAUUAAAAAUCAGGCAAAGGAAGAUAAAUAAGUUGUGAUGGAAGUUUGUAACUAAUAUAAAUUAAAUCAAGAUAUGAAGGAAACUUUGAAGAAAAUGAAUUUAAUGGAUACGGAGAAUUUGAAGAUUAAAAUGGAUUUAUUUAUAAAGGAGAAUGGAAAUAAUAAUUGUUUCAUGGUGAAGGGCAUGAAAUUAAUUAAUAAUUUGAAUAUAAGGGUGGAUAUAAAUUUGGACUUCGAGAAGGUUAUGGAGAGAUUACAUAUAAAGAUGGCAGCAAAUAUAUGGGGGAAUUUCAGAAAGAUAAAUAUGAGGGAUUUGGUAUUUUUCUGUAUGAGGAUGGAAGAAAAGUAAUAAAAAAUAUCUAAUUUAGUAUGAAGGAUAGUGGAUAAAUAAUUAAAUGCAUGGAAAAGGUACAUUUACUUGGCCAGAUGGACGAGAGUAUUCUGGAAAUGUAAUAUUUAAAUGCCAAUAAUGUUAGUAUUACUAUGACAUGAAGGAAGGAUUUGGAGUGUUUAGAUUUUCAAAUGGAAGUAGCUACAGAGGAAUGUGGAAAUAGGGUAAGUAACAUGGUCAUGGUGUUAUGGUUUCUGAGCUUGGAGAUUAAAGAUAAGGUGAAUGGAUUGAAGGGAGAAGGAUAAAAUGGAGAUGA